GGCCGCCGGGGCCGGGGGAGCAUGAGCCCCGCGACCCGCCGGGGGACGGCCCGGGCCCGACCCGGGAUCUAGACGGCCGUGGGGGAGGGGAGCCGCCCUGCAGCGGCGCCGCUCCGGAACCGCCGGGCCCUCGACGCCGCUUCUCCGGCCCCCGGGACCGCGCUGAUUUGUUUCACCCUCGCGUUGUGCAGAAGUGAAGUGAAGUAAAAUGUCCACUAGGACCCCGCUGCCGACGGUGAAUGAACGGGACACUGAGAACCACACGUCACAUGGAGACGGGCGGCAAGAAGUUACCUCUCGCACUGGGCGCUCUGGAGCACGAUGUAGAAACUCUGUAGCUUCCUGUGCAGAUGAACAACCUCACAUUGGAAACUACAGACUGUUGAAAACAAUCGGCAAGGGGAAUUUUGCAAAAGUGAAAUUGGCAAGACACAUCCUUACAGGCAGAGAGGUCGCAAUAAAAAUAAUUGACAAAACUCAGUUGAAUCCAACAAGUCUACAAAAGCUCUUCAGAGAAGUAAGAAUAAUGAAGAUUUUAAAUCAUCCAAACAUAGUGAAGUUAUUCGAAGUCAUUGAAACUGACAAAACACUCUACCUAAUCAUGGAGUAUGCCAGUGGAGGUGAAGUCUUUGACUAUUUGGUUGCACAUGGAAGAAUGAAGGAAAAAGAAGCAAGAGCUAAAUUUAGACAGAUAGUGUCUGCAGUCCAGUACUGCCACCAAAAGCGGAUCGUCCACAGAGACCUCAAGGCUGAAAAUCUAUUGUUAGAUGCUGAUAUGAACAUUAAAAUAGCUGACUUUGGUUUUAGCAAUGAAUUUACUGUUGGCAGUAAACUGGAUACGUUUUGUGGCAGUCCUCCGUAUGCAGCCCCAGAGCUCUUCCAGGGCAAGAAAUACGACGGGCCGGAAGUGGACGUGUGGAGCCUCGGCGUCAUUCUUUACACUCUAGUCAGCGGGUCACUCCCCUUUGAUGGACAGAACCUAAAGGAACUGAGAGAGAGAGUAUUAAGAGGGAAAUACAGAAUCCCUUUCUACAUGUCCACAGACUGUGAAAACCUUCUCAAACGUUUCCUGGUGCUAAAUCCAAUAAAACGAGGCACUCUAGAGCAAAUCAUGAAGGACAGGUGGAUCAAUGCAGGGCAUGAGGAAGAUGAACUAAAACCAUUUGUUGAACCAGAACUGGACAUCUCAGACCAGAAAAGAAUAGAUAUUAUGGUGGGAAUGGGAUAUUCACAAGACGAAAUUCAAGAAUCUCUUAGUAAGAUGAAAUAUGAUGAAAUCACAGCUACAUACUUGUUGUUGGGGAGAAAAUCUUCAGAGCUGGAUGCUAGUGAUUCCAGUUCUAGCAGCAAUCUUUCACUUGCUAAGGUUAGGCCAAGCAGUGACCUCAACAACAGUACUGGCCAGUCUCCUCACCACAAAGUCCAGAGAAGUGUUUCUUCAAGCCAGAAGCAGAGGCGGUACAGUGACCACGCUGGACCAGCUAUUCCUUCAGUUGUGGCGUAUCCAAAAAGGAGUCAGACCAGCACUGCAGACGGCGACCUCAGAGAAGAUGGAGUUCCCUCCCGGAAACCAGGCGGCAGUGCUGCUGGAGGAAAGGGAGUUGCCCCAGCCAGUCCCAUGCUUGGGAGUGCAAGUAAUCCCAACAAGGCAGAUAUUCCUGAACGCAAGAAGAGCUCCACCGUCCCUGGUAGUAAUACAGCAUCUGGUGGAAUGACGCGGCGGAAUACUUAUGUUUGCAGUGAAAGAACUACAGCUGAUAGACAUUCAGUAAUUCAUAAUGGCAAAGAAAACAGUUAGGAGACCCCGGGGACACGAUGAGAUUGCAGGCCGUGCUUCCAGGGCGCAUGAGCAGACAGGAGUCACUGCGGUACAGUGUGGUGUGCGGCAGCAGGUGCCCGCACUGAAUACAUAGAGCGGAAUGAGUCACUCCUGAUGGGAGAGGGCACCGGUGGAGACUUCGCGGAGGGGAUGACCUCUGGGUUGGAUUUUGAUGAAAAUAGAAAGAUGCCAGCUCUCCAGACACGGAGAAUAGCUCCUGCAAAAGUUCUUUGAUGCACGACCAAGCGACUGCACAUCAUCAGGUGGGCCCGAAAGUCUAGUCCCGGGAGGUAACAGUGAAAGGUCAAGCCUGGAGAGGUGGCAGGGGCCGAGCUGUGGGCACCUGAGGAUGCUACUUGGAUGCCAGCGGAGUUUGGACUUUAUCCUGAAGACGCAGUGUGCUUUUGCAUGGUUAAAAGCAGAUGAGUGACAAGGUCAGGCUUGCGCUUUAGAAAGUUCACAGCUGUAUGGUGGACAGAUUGGAAAGUGUGAAAUUGGAGACCAGUAAAGACAGAUGACUUAGGAUUGGGCCUGUGGGAGAGGUGAAGCGCUGCACGAAGACCCUCAGAGUAGAGGUGGGGAGGCCCGGGCUCAUUGAAGUGCUGUUAGGAAGUUGACACCAACAAGAUGUCCCAGUUGCUCUGGAUGUGGGGCAUGAGGGAAAGAACCUGAUGUUUCUAGGUUUCAGGCUUUGAAAGGAUUUCUGUAGAAAGUCACUGAAAGAGUAUGGUCAAAAUUCUAAAUCCCUGAUUAUCUUUUAAAGGAAAGAAACUGCCCCUUUGAAAUUCCAAGGACAUGAUGACUGAGCUGGAAUUAAGGAUGGGGAAACUCCCUUAGGUAGUUGUGUCCCAUAGCUGUCUGUGCCAGGUGGAACUGCAGACAUGCAGCCACUCGUUACUCUUUUUCUGUCUAUAAACAGUUAAUUCGCUCUUAUUAGUUUUCCCACCUUGAAAAAUGGGGCUCUGUUGACCCCUUAGGAAUUCAGAGUGUUGUUUAUAAAGAAGUGAAAGUCCUUUGAGUAGGAAGGUUUUAACAGGAUACUUUUUUAAAAUAAAUUUAUUUUAUUUUUGGCUGCAUUGGGUCUUCAUUGCUGCGCACGGGCUUUCUCUAGUUGCAGCGAGCAGGGGCUACUCUUUGUGCAGUGCGCGGGCUUCUCACUGUGGUGCCUUCUCUUGUUGCAGAGCACGGGCUCUAGGCGCUUGAGCUUCAGUAGUUUGUGGCGCGGGGGCUCAGUAGUUGUGGCUUGCGGGCUCUAGAGCACAGGCUCAGUAGUUGUGACGCACGGGCUUAGUUGCUCCGCGGCAUGUGGGAUCUUCCUGGACCAGGGCUCGAACCCGUGUCCUCUGCAUUGGCAGGCGGAUUCCUAACCACUAGCGCCACUAGGGAAGCCCAACAUAGGAUACUUUGAUAAAUACAAACAACAUAGGAUAUCUAAACAACAUAGGAUACUUCGAUAAAUAGAACUAGUUACUGCUGUACCUGUGAUGUUACUAGUCCCUUUAAAAUAUGACAGUGUGCUUUGGGAACAGGUCAAGAGCAUAGUGGGCUCAUGUUAUAGAUUCACUUUGAUAUGAAUGGAGGCAUCUCUUUUAGGGUAGGCUUAAUUUUAUACAUAGCUCGGAAGAGAUCGUCCCUCUCACGUAAAUAUUCAAACAUGUAUGAUGUUAUUUUCUUUUCUUUAAAGCUAAUAAACUUUUUAAAUUGCUGUUUUAAAAAAAGCAGAUACAGAUGAGCAGUUGCUCCAGAAUCCCCAAAACAGGUUUAAGAGAUUUUUGUUCCUUGACAAAGACGAGAUGGUUUGGGGAGGAAGGUUAUAUGCUUUGAACAAGAGUUGCUCUUUUUGUCACUAGUCCAUCAUACUGUUGUUUCUGCCUCUGCCUGAACCCAAACCCCCUCCCAGCCUGAUGGAAAUGUUCGCUUACGCAGCUAGCCCUGCCUCUGUUUGUAAGACAUCUUCCACCUGUCGGCUGCGACAUCACAAGUCGAUGUCCAUGUCAGGCUCUGGGCGCCCCAAGAUGAUGUUACCUCCAAUAGACAGUGAAGG